UGAGGGGUUUAUCUCUAGAAACACGCCUCUCUUUUCUCCUCCUCAAUCCCAACCCCUGCUGCACAAAACCAAAACCCUAGAAUCAAAAUAGAGAGAAUUUUUUUUUUCCAGAUAAAAAAGAUGUCGUCUUCAUCGGCGAACAUAAUAGUUCUGCUGAGUUUAGGUAUAGCGGGUAUCGUGCUGAUGACCCGCAAGCUGAAGCGAGCGGUGAAGCAGGAUUUGGGGGCUUUUGUGCAGAGAUUCGAGAUUCUUCCGCCGCCUCCGCCUCCGCCGCCGAAGGCUCCUCAUCCUUUGACUGGCCUCACUUUCGCCGUCGCCGACGUAUUUGAUAUCGAUGGAUAUAUAACCGGGUUUGGCAAUCCAGACUGGGCUAGAACACAUGAACCUGCCUCACGAACAUCCCCAGUGGUUUCUAUACUCAUAGAAAAUGGUGCUACUUGUGUUGGAAAGACUGUCAUUGAUGACAUGGCCUCCAGCAUUAUUGGUGAAAAUAAACAUUUUGGAGCACCGACAAAUCCUGCGGCUCCGGACCGAGUUCCUGGAGGAUGUUCAAGUGGAUCAGCUGCUGCUGUUGCUGGUGGUCUAGUAGAUUUUUCAUUGGGUAUGGAUACCAUUGGUGGUGUGAGAAUACCUGGAGGAUUCUGUGGUAUCUUUGGGUUCCGACCUUCACAUGCAGCUGUCUCCAAUAUUGGUGUUCUUCCCGUCUCACCAAGUUUAGACGCUCCAGGAUGGUUUGCAAAGGAUGUUAGUAUACUACGUCGUGUGGGGCAUGUGGUUCUCCAGCUUCCUCAUUGUGAGCCUCGGAAGCCUAGGCAGGUUAUUAUAGCCGAUGACUGUUUUCAACUGUCAAAAAUCCCCGCAACCAGGUUGACUCAGGUGGUGGUCAAGUCUAUGGAGAAAAUAUUUGGAAGACAAGUUCUGAAUCAUUUAAAUCUUGGAGACUAUCUGCGCUCGAAAGCUGCCAGCUUAAAAGAAAUUCAAAAUGGAGAAUUGAAUGGUGAUCAAAGAAUUUCUUUGUUAGCGCAACUUGCAAAUGCAAUGCUAGCUCUUAACAACCGCGAGUUUAAGCAUAAUCACGAGGAGUGGAUCAGCUCUGGUAAUGUUUCAGUAGAUCCUUACGUAUUAGCACUUGCAAGGGACUCAUCUGAAGCUACUAAUGAGCAUAUGGCCUACUGCCACUCUGCAAGAAAUGAAACACACACUGCUCUCAAUUCCCUUUUGAAGGACGAUGGAAUUCUUGUCCUCCCAACAGUCUUAGGACCUCCUCCAAAACUUAAUGGAAAGGAAAUUCUGUCCGCAGAUUACCAGACGAAAACUUUAUGUUUAUCAGCUAUUGCAAGCAUGUCAGGUUGCUGUCAGGUGACCAUUCCCUUAGGUGUACAUGAAAAGCUUCCUGUUUCUGUGUCAUUUAUUGCAAGGCAAGGACGUGAUCACUUCUUAUUAGAUACUGUCCAUGCCAUAUAUCCAUCACUUCAGGAACAGGCAGAUAUCGCCAUGAAAUCCAACAUUUCAAAUGGUAGCAUCAGCAAAGAAGAAUCUGCAGAAACUGCAAAAGAGAAGGGAAACAUAGCUUACAAAGAGAAACAGUGGCAGAAAGCAAUUAAUCUAUAUACUGAAGCCAUAAAACUGAAUGACAAGAACGCCACAUACUACAGUAAUAGGGCUGCUGCUUAUUUGGAGCUGGGAGGUUACCUUCAAGCUGAAGCUGAUUGCAACGAAGCAAUAAGCAUUGACAAAAAGAACGUAAAAUCUUACCUAAGAAGAGGAACUGCAAGGGAGAUGCUGGGCUAUUACAAAGAGGCAGUGGAAGAUUUUAGGUAUGCCCUUGUUUUGGAGCCGACCAACAAGACAGCAAACGUUGCUAUUAAUAGAAUAAAGAAAUUUGUCCAGUAGAUGAAUUAUACUACAUUGAUAACAGAGUUGCAAGUUACAAGCUGGUUCUACCCUGUACGAGGUCUGGUUUUGAAACAAAAGCUGAUCGAGUCAUGCAGGUAUCAUGUUGAAAUGAUUCGAGACUUGGCCAUUCGCUCUUUAGGUCUCAUCAGCAUCAAGAUUUUGCUUGUGGUGGCCUUAGUACAGCAUCGGCUGGACUACAACAUCAGACGUCCUUCUUGAUCUUGUUUCUUCAAAGAAUAUAUUGGUAGUAGAAUAAACAUAGCCAUUUUUGCUACGUGGUUCAUGGCGACUUCCAGUUUGUAACAAUAUCUUGUAUGAGCCUAGCAUUCUUGUUCUUGCUGUUGCGGUUUUUUUGGGCAUAGCGAUGAUUAUAUGUGCAAGUUGUAGUUGGACAAAUAUACGGUUAUAGAUUAAAUGGUCUUUGCCAAAUGCCAAGUGCAACCCAUGCUUAUCUUAGGAGUACAUCACUUGCUUAUCUUGGUAUGUAGAGUUAUUUGAAUUUUCAGACAGUUUUCA